AUGUGGUGGAAUACGGCAGCUGAUGCUUUCACCUACAAAAUCGGAUGGAAACGCUACGGGGCCGAACUACUCAAGGGCGAUCGUCAUCCCACGAAGCGGGAAGUACUGCGUGUCCUCAUGACCAUAUUCGACCCGCUCGGGCUCAUCGCUCACUUCCUUGCCGAUUUGAAGUUCUUGCUACAGGACAUCUGGCGAUCUAGUGUCACCUGGGACGAAGAUAUCGGGGACGAGGAGUACGAUAAGUGGAAGAUUUGGCUGAGCGCCUUGCCGCAGGUUGAAGAACUCCAAAUACCUAGAUGCUUCUGGCCUGACUACUCCAUCAACCAAGUCGACGAAGUGCAGCUCCAUUCGUUCGUAGAUGCUGGCAAGAAUGGAAUGGCCGCCGUGUGCUAUCUACGGUUCAGGAAGAACGAAGAGAUCCAUUGUUCAAUAGUCGCAGCAAAAACUAGAGUAUCUCCGCUAAAGUUGACAUCGAUCCCUCGUCUGGAAUUACAAGCGGCGAUAAUUGGAACACGACUCUCUAAAACCGUGUGUGAUACACUGUCGAUCCGCAAUGUGAAGAAGUUCUACUGCCAGUUCGUUGGAUUCCGCGUCACCGAGAUUCUCGAAUCCACCGAAGCUCACGAAUGGCGAUACGUACCUAGCAAGCUGAACGUAGCCGACGACGGUACCAAAUGGAAAGAAAGUUCCGACCUGUCCGCAGGAAACAGAUGGUUCCGAGACACCGAACUGCUGCAAAAUCUGCAAGUUCACUACACCCUCCAGAACCAGUCAUUCGUGUACAAAACUUUUCGCUGGAAGAGACUGCAACGCGUUUUGGCGCUGGUGCAACGGUUCAUAAAGAAUUGUCGCCUGAAGACGGAACAGAAUCCUAUCGAAGUAGGACCUCUGAACGCAGCCGAACUCCGUACAGUCGAAGCGCAUCUAAUCCGUAUAGCGCAGCAGGAAGGCUUCCCGGAAGAACUACGUACUCUACGAAACGCAGCUCAACAUCCGGAAAAAACUACGAAGCUUCUUCCCAAAUCCAGUCCGCUGUACAAGCUUCUUCCGUGGAUCGAUGACCUUGGCAUAAUGCGUAUGAAGACCCGUAUCGCAGCGUGCCAAUAUGCCACCGACGACGCUAAGAAUCCCAUCAUCCUUCCAAGAUAUCACCACAUUACCACACUAAUAAUUCACCACUACCACAACCGAUACCAUCACCAAAAUCACGAGACAGUGAUAAACGAAAUACGCCAAAAGUAUCAAAUCUCUCGCUUACGUUCAUGCUACAGUCAAGUUCGCCGUGAUUGUCAACGGUGCAAGAAUGAUCAUUCAGUACCAAACACUCCGAUUAUGGCUAACCUACCACCUGGUCGCCUAGCAGCGGUUUGUCUACUGUUUACUCACGUGGGCAUCGACUACUUUGGGCCCAUUGAAGUUGCUGUAGGAAGAAGGCGUGAGAAGCGCUGGGGAAUGUUGGCAACGUGCUUGACCGUUCGUGCAGUACAUAUCGAGCUUGUCAAUUCCCUUAGCACCGAUUCUUGUAUAAUGGCUAUCCGUAACUUCAUCGCUCGUCGUGGUCAACCCCGGAAGAUCUACAGCGACCGUGGCACCAACUUCGUCGGCGCCAAUGCAGAGUUGAAGAAGCUAUUGACAAUUAUCAAUCAUGAUGCCAUGAUGAGGGAGUUCACGACCACAGAGACCGAGUGGGUAUUUAACCCACCGUUGGCACCACACAUGGGCGGUAGUUGGGAGCGGCUUAUACGAACCGUCAAAGGUAAUCUGAUGGCUGUGUGCACCACCAAAACCAUCUCGGAUGAAGUGUUACGAAAUCUACUGAUUGAGAUCGAGAGCGUCGUCAACUCUCGGCCCUUAACACACGUUCCAGUAGAUGACGAUUCUGGUCCAGCGCUAACUCCAAAUCAUUUUCUGGUUGGCUCAUCCAAUGGUUCGAAACCUUUAAUCAGUAUCGACGACACCGGCAUCGCCCUCAGGCAGAACAUGUGUACUUCGCAAAUUCUGGCGAACUGCUACUGGAAACGCUGGCUAACAGAUUAUCUUCCGGAGAUUACCCGCCGGUCCAAGUGGUUCCAGUCUGUCAAACCCAUCGAGACCGGAGACAUUGUAGUGAUUGUUGACCCGAAGUUACCGCGUAACUGUUGGCCGAAAGGUAGAGUCAUCGCUACGACUACUAGCCGAGACGGGCAAACGCGAUCAGCGACAGUGCAGACAUCCGUCGGAGUAUACGAGCGCCCCGUUGUGAAGCUGGCGGUCCUAGACGUUCAGCGCGUGGAGCAGUAA